AUGAGAGACACUGUGGUGAUUCAGGGUACUGGUGGUGUGAGUGUUGCUGGGAUACAGAUCGCCGUCGCUGCCGGGGCUGAUGUCAUCGCCUUCUCAACCUCAGAGGAGAAACUCGAACUUCUUCGGAAACUUGGUGCUAAGCAUGUCAUCAACUACAAGAACAAUCCCAACUCAAGUCGAGAGGUUCUCGACUUGACCGGUGGUCGUGGUGCUGACCAAGUCCUUGACUUUGUCGGUGCUUCGACCAUUGCUGAGUUGUUACGUGCACUGCGACAGGAUGGCCUGGUAUCAGCUAUUGGCUUCAUGUCUGCCUCUGAGAAACACGAUCUAAUUCCGGAACUUAUUUUUGGUGCCAAGACGAUCCGAGGCUUGAUGUACGGCAGCCUGGGCAUGCUACAGGAUCUCAGUGCCUUUGUUGAGACACACAAGAUCAAACCAAUCAUUGCGGAAGUUUUUGAGUGGAAUGAUGCUAAGCUGGCUUAUAAAGCCAUGCUUGCUCAAGAAUUCGUUGGGAAGAUUGUGGUCAAGGUCGAGUGA